GUGCAAUACAGACAGAGAUAUAACAUAGGUGUGGCAUAAAGAAGGCCAGGUUAAGGGCGCGGCGAGGGAAAAGCUCUCGAGAUUUUUCCACAGUCACCUUUCCUGUGCCGUAUUCUUCACAUCGUUGACAUAACGUGAGGUUUUGACCACACGGCGGUCCUGUCCGGGAGGUCGUCCCGUGCCCCAGAUCACAGGGGGAAUCCUGACAUUGUGACUGGCCGAGAACACCUGGGCAAAGAUGGCGGGCUCGACACGAACAUCGUUCUUCACCAUCCAGAGUGUCCUGGUCGCCCUUGUGAUGUCACAGGCAGUAGACGCUCAAAGUCGAAAUGAUGACUGUAACAUCCUGUCCACAUCAGAGCUGGGGCAGUCACCUAUCGAGAUCAUUGAGAGUGUGGCUGAAACAUCACCACAAGGUACUCUGAUUGACACACUGACCUUCUCAGCUGCAAGCAUCAAUGGCUUGACCUUGGAGUACAUCAAUAAUGACCCUUCUGAUGAUGCAACCCUUCUCAACCCCACCAGCACCUCCAUUGUGAAUGGUAACCUUCAACUUGUGCUGUCUGCAGCAGGGGCAGUCAGAGUGCAGGAGAGAGAUGGUCCUGGUGGUGUUCAGCAGUUCUCUCUCACCCUAAGGUGCAGGGUAAAUAGUAAUGGACAUGUGGUUUUCCAUCCUAUCAGAGUGAGUGUCUCUGACAUAAAUGACAACAGGCCUAUCUUCACCCCAGCCAAUCCAGCACCGACCUCUAUCAGUGAGUUGAUAGCAGUUGGUACGACCGUACUUCGAGCAUCAGCAACUGACAGGGACAUUGGUGCCAGUGGCAAUGUGCAGUUCUUUGUCCAGGACAAUCCCAGCGACCCCCUGGCUGAUGACUUCUUCGAGAUCCCCCUGCCAGCUCAAGGCUUCAUAACCCUGAAGACUGCAGUUAACUAUGAAGCAGCUGAUAACACAGACCACCAGUAUCUGUUGGUGGUUACUGCAGAGGACCAGGGAACAACUCAGCUGACAGCAACUCAGACCUUCACCAUCAACAUCCUGGAUGAGGACGACCUCCCCCCUGCCUUUAACCCCUGUGUCAGGGCCAGCCUGUCUGAUCCAUGCAACCCUGUCACUUACACUGGGCAGGUUACCAGUGGGGUGAAUAGCGGAGCUGUCUCCGAUGUGAAUCCAGAACCUGUCAAUGCAUUUGACCAAGAUCGAGACCUUCAACAGGCAGAUCAGACAGACAUCAAGUACGCCAUUGUUGAAGGAAGUCCAUCUACAUAUGCAGACAAGUUCCAGAUAGACGAGAACACAGGAAUAGUGUCUGUACGGCAGACCAUCAACCGUGUGGAUGCAGCCAGCUUCACUCUUAAGAUAAGGGCAUACCAGGAGGACAACCCUUUCCGGCUUGCGACUGCUGACAUGAUGAUCACAGUCAACCCAUCUGGCAAUGAGCGGCCUGCGUUUGACCAGUCCAACUAUGUAGGCUAUGUGUUUGAGAAUGCCCCGACUGGUACUACAGUUCGAGACUCGUCAUCUGCACAGACUCCCCUCAAGAUCAUGCUGUCUGACCCUGAUGUACUGACCAAGCACCAGGAUGGCAGUCCUGCAGUGACCAUAGAUGUGACCACCCAGCCGGCAGGGAAUGAUGACAAGUUCAGCGUGACCCAGGGAAGCAGCACUCGGGAGUGGUAUGUGCUGGCGAACGGAGCCUUGGACGCUGAGACCACUAACCAGUACACGCUUACGAUCACAGCACGUGAAACAAGUGGAACCAACCCUCAGUCCAGCAACCCUUCUGUUGUUACCAUCAAUAUACAAGAUGUCAAUGACAACACCCCGGUGUUUAACGGUGGUACUGCAGGCUCUUCCGCUAACCCUCUCACAGGAGCUGUGAGCAUUCCUGUGGCAGAUGGCACUUCUGUAGCUUUAACUCCGGGAUCACCCCAGUGUUCGGACACAGACACAGGCUCCACCUUCUCAUACAGCAUUGACCGAGUCAUCAACGGUGCCGACAACCUUUUCAACAUCAACCAGAACACAGGAGAAAUCACAGUGGCUUCAGGGGCAGGCCUUACUGAUGGGACAGUCUACACUGUUGUUAUUGUGUGCUCUGAUGGGCUGAAUGAACGUCAGGGCUAUGUGGACAUCACAGUGACUGGCACACAGAACAGGCGCCCCACCUUCCCUCUACAACAGUACAGCACCAGGCUGGGGGAGGAGGCACCUGUCAAUGGCCCUGUCACUGCCGUUACCGCGAGUGACCCAGAUGGUAACGCCCUGAGCUACAGUCUGGGGACAGGGAACACAGACAACGACUUUCAGAUUAAUCAGAACACUGGAGAGAUUACUGUUCGGAAUCAACUGGACUAUGAAAGGACUCCAUCUUACACUCUUCAAGUCUUGGCUACUGAUAAUGGGUCUCCUCCGACCACAGCCACUGCUACAGUACAGGUGGACCUGACCAAUGGGAAUGACAAUUCCCCAACCUUCACUGCUCCAGCCAAUCCUAACCAGCCCAUUGAGAUAGCAGAGGGAGGACAGAACGGAGAUCCAGUACAAUCUGUUCAGGCUACAGAUGCAGAUGGGUCUGGUUCUGCUGGCAUCACCUACAGUCUGCUGAGGGGAGGAGACAAGUUUGCCAUCAACCCCACAACAGGUCAGCUGACCAGGAGAGCACCGCUGGACCGAGAUGACCAGAGGGAGAUCCCCAUCACAGUACAGGCACAAGACUCAGGGGGACGGAUAGCACUACUGGACCUUACCAUUCAAUUGAGUGAUAUCAACAACAAGCCUCCAGUGUUCCAGGACAAUGAGUUUGCCAGACGUCCCCUGAGCCCCCCCAAUGCUGAGUACAUUGUGAAUGUGGAUGAGAAUGAACCGGCCAUGAACAUCAUUGACCUUGAGGCUGCAGAUCCUGAUGUUGGGGCAAGUGUGCAGUACACCAGGGACAGUGUCACUCCUACUACUGGGGAGACUCUGUUUACUGUGAAUGAGAACACAGGUGUCCUGUCUACCACAGGGCCACUAGAUUAUGAAGGUGUUACCACAGCACGCUACAUUGUGGUCAUCCUGGCAGAGGACAUGGCCCAGGCCGCCCCACACCUCAACACCAGGACAUCAACAGCAACAGUCACUGUCAACAUCCAGGACAAGAACGACUCCCCCCCAACCUUUGAUGGGACUCCGUACAGUUUCACAGUUCGAGAAGACGCUGCUAUUGGCAUGUCUAUAGGCCAGCUGCAAGCCACCGAUGCAGAUAAUCCGUUCUGGGAUCAACCCCAGUUCACCUACAGCACGUACACAGACCCAGCUGUACAGAACUCGGACGCAGCAGCGGCCAUGUUUGCUGUGGACCCGAUGACAGGUGAUGUUGUGACAAGGAGAAACUUGGCUAGUGACUAUGCUAACAUCAAUCAAUUCCCGUUGUUGGUUCGAGUCAGUGAUGAGGGUCCACCAGUGAUGAGCUCUACAGGGACAGUCACAAUAGAAGUGACAGAGCGGGGCUCAGCUAACGCUGUAUCCUUCACACAGAGUCAAUUCACAGGAACAGUGGCGGAGAAUGCUCAGGCUGGGACCACAGUAGCUUUCACAAGGGGCAUAGAUAUCUCACCGAGUCGGAGCAAUGUGGACUACACAAUUGUGUCUUCACAAACAACCCCUGCAACCUCAGAAGACACCACAGGCUACUUCAGGGUUGUCCGCCCUGCCAACCUGAACGAUCCCCUGAUACUGGAGACCACACGGGCACUGGACUACGAGAACGUCCGACAGUACCUCCUGACCCUCCGAGUUUCACCCUCAGGAACCUCUGGUACCACAGGCCGUAGGAAAAAACGCCAGCUUGCAGACAAUACGGCGCUGGUUCAGGUUAAUGUUGAGGAUGUGAAUGACAAUGCUCCAAUGUUUGAUACUCCUACAUAUGUCACAGGUGUGUCAGAGGAUGCCGAUCUUUUCUCCUCUCUCGUCCAAGUUAGGGCUUCUGACCGAGACUCCAGUCCUUAUAACAACUUUGUGUACAAAAUCAAGACCCAGCCUAACGGACAGCUGUCCCCUGUUGCCAGAAACUUCACUGUAGACUCUACCACUGGUGUUGUGAGGAACCUGGUACCAUUUAGGCCAGGCCAAGUGGGGAAGAAGUUCUUCUUCAAUGUUGAGGCAGAUGAAGCACCAGCUCAGAGUGGAGGACAAACCUUCACAGGGGACACCAGUGUCGUGGUUGUUGUGGUUAAUGAUGCAAAUAGGGCUGUUAUGGUCGGCAACCUGCCACCUGACGUGUGCUACAGCUGCAAAGACAACAUCAAAAGAACUUUCCAGGAUGUGUCUGGGAACUAUGUACUGAUUGAGAGGGUAGAUGCCAAGAAAGAUGGAAGCACUCUGGACUAUGCCAACUGUGAUGUUUACUUCUACAUGAUCAGGAAUGGAACAUUUGAUGCUUUGACCAGAGCCCAAGCUAUCAGCAUCCUGGAAGGAAGCAGGACUCAGGUUGACCAGCUGUGGCGCACCUGUGAUGGUGUUCCAACUACAGACAGGGCGAGAGCUUCUGCAGUGGCUUACCACGGGGUACAGUACACAGGCAACACCAGUUACAGCGGCAUCUCAGACCUACAGGCUGCGCUGAUCGCCCUGGGAGUACUGCUGUUCCUACUGGCUCUGCUGGCCUUACUGUGGCUGUGCUGCUGUACAAGGAUCAGGAAGAGGACAGGCUACCAGAUUCCACCACCCUAUGAGCCACCACCUGCUCCUGAACCACCAAUUAUGUAUGAGCCAGAGAAGAAGGAAUACGAGACGCAGGAGGGGAUUGCGACCUUUGGACACGACAUGGCGGAUCCCCCCGCGGAUAAGGAGGUGGUGAUCACCGGAGAGUACAACAAGGGGUACGAGCCUGCUGACGAGGCACAAGUCGGCACUCUGUCCUUCCCUCAAGGUCAUGACGAUAUGGGGCCAAAGUACUCCAUUAUGGACCAGCAGACCACCCAACUGUGAUGACAACUUCCCAACACCAGAAAAAUGGAACAGCCAUACAGGGACUCAGUGUGCCACAUGGCAGACUCAAGUGUUCCGCAAUGACAAUACUCCUACAUGUAUGACUGAAAAGAGGAUUUUGUAACCACUUGAAAUUUGUAUCAAAAUUUGACCACAAUAUCUUCUGAAAGAUUUAACGAUUUCUGUGGAGUUAGGAUGUAGUAGUAAUUUCUUUUUUCACAGAUUGAUAUUGCUAUAUUAGAUCACUUAGAAAUUGCUGUACUUUUAAGCUUUUGGAUUUUAGAUACAGAUUAUUCAUCAAGGCAGCUGUCCAAGUGGAGAGCAAAAUGUGUUAAUGUGUCAGUUGUAAGUUGUACUACUGGUAGUUAUUAUACAUGUUGCCAUAAACGGACCUCGUACUGUAGAUAGAACUUUAAAAACAUAAUCUUAUACAGCAAAUCUUGGAAUCUGUCAAUGACAUUACAUUAGGUUUCAUACAUGCACAAACCGGAGUUGUGCUCAGAUUAGGUAACAAACACAAAGUGUGUGCAUGUCACAGUUGUUCUUUGUCUUUGAUUUCAAGAAAGUGUACUUCAUCUAGUUCCAGUUAUGUUAAUGUCAGUCACCUAAUUAGGCUACAACACCUGACAUCUUUGAAGACAUUUUGAUUUGAAAUUUUUAAAUAGUUUUUGACAUGAACAUUCUUUAGAACUAUUCAAUGCAAUGGUGGUGCUUUAACUUAGAGUAUGUGCAUGUGGCAGUAGGCCUUGUUGAGAUAGAUAUUUUGUUGUAUGCACAAAUUUGUUGAGAUAGUCUGUCACAGUAUGAUGCACUUUGCAGUUAUUGUAGCUUGUGCCAUUUGAACCCUGCUGGUUUUUUUUUCUGUAAGCAGUCAGUUUUCUUACAUGGAGAAAAUAUCGAGGAGAAUAUAAAUUGUGAGGCAGACAAAACUAAUAUUUCAACUGAUUUUAUUCCUGAUUUUCAGUUCACACCUCUUUCAAAUCUUUUAUUGUAGUGCUUUGAUGAAGGUUUGAUGUCCACGUUGAACAUUACCCACUAUCAUUCUCAUUCUCCGAUGACAGGUGAUAAAUAUUUAUUACUCUUAUUUAUCAUAAAUAAACACAUCUACCCCUCACCUGACGGGGAACAACAGACAAUAAAAAAAAACAGUGAGUGAGUGGAGUGAAGGAUCUUUAUUAAUCUGGAACAGUUUCUGUUGAUUACCUCACUAAAAAGAAAUGUUAAAGUCUGCCUACAACUUUUGACAAAUGGCAUGGUUCUUGUAGAUAUCAAUUUCUAGAGAAUAAAUGGAGAGUGUCUUUGAUAUCA